AUGCGGCACCCCAGUGGUGCUGUUCACGCCAUCAAGCGCCCUACUCGGAGAUCUGUCACCAUGAGCGACAUUAGCCAGCAGGGAAGCACAGGACUUCAUCACAGGGCAAGCUAUCGACAUAUAUCCGCCGGAACGUUAUACAAGUCUGUUCAGGAGGGCAUUCAGCAGGGGCUUGCCAGAGAAAGGAUCCAGGAGGAUGAUGGGAAGCAGAACUCAGAGAGCGAGAUGGAGUAUGUCAAGGCCAUCAAAACAAAAAUCACUCGGGAGAAGAGUUUGCUGCGGACGCUGAAUGAGCGGCUACGCGAGGAAAGGACAUUGGGGCGGAGAACGCAGAUUAUUGAGAUCAAGCGAGAUAUCGCAGACUCGGAAGAGAAGCUAUCUCUUCUCCGGGAUCAAAUGGAGCCAUGGAAACAAAUGUUUGUGGAUGCUGAAGACGUCAUGCUGGCCGAAGGCAAGGUCAUAUUUCUAUCGUCGCAUUUAGGAAUGCUGACCCUGGCAGCUGAAAGCUUCCUAUACAUGUUCUUCCCACUCUACUGGCAGGGAGUGUACAUUCCAAUCCUACCAGCGGCACUCAUGACCUGUCUGCAGGCACCUGUCCCGUACAUCAUUGGAGCUUGUGUGGUUGAUCUGGAUAAAGGAACCAUCGACGUUCAGCUGGCCCCCAUGCAGCUCCCUGCUCGCCCGAGGCGGAAACUUGUCCAAUCGUUGGAGAUGUAUGCACCUACAAGUGCUGUGCAACGCAACCCGAACUCACAGAGUGCAGCUUUUGGACCACCGGAAUACGUCAAGUUUGCUUACCCCCAUUCCCGUUUGACGUUGUUUUGCGGGGUAUCACGAGCCCCGCGGAUGGGUAGACGAUCAGAAUCUCUGCGACCACCCGCACCCUCGAACGUCUCGACCAUCACGGCGGUAUCUGUGCAGGGUUCCUUGGCUGGAGCUAGCCGUAACUCAUCAACCCAUACGUUAAACCAGCCGAGUGCUCAAAACCCGCCGGCCUUGCCCAAGAUCCCCAAGAUGGAUUUCGGAAAGGAGACCCUUCUUGAAGGAGGAUUAAUGGGGCUGGAACUUGACGAUGUACUCAAAGGCAAGGAAGCAAUAAGCCAGCAAUCGGAUUCUAUGUUAGGCGAGAUACCUGGACGACCCUUAGUGUUUGAUUCAAAAGUGCCUUCAAACAAAGUCGCGCCAGAGCAGGAUACAACCGAAACGGUUUCUACCGCCACACGCAAGGUUCUUUCCCCUCAACGUUCUCGUGCCAACGUGUUUGAGAUGCCUCGGAGACAAGAAGGUUCGACCGAGCAAAGACUUUACGUACAUCAGACAGGGUCGCAGCAGGAUACAAGCAAGAUCAGCAUGGAAUCCGGUCCACACUUGAGAACUGGUGACGGAUCCUCCCGCCUUCUCAGUCAUAGAGCAUCGGUCACCUCGAUUGAAUCUUCCAACUCAAGCUUGUGGCUCAAGUCCAGUUCGACGGGGAUGUCUUCUGCUCCCAAGAACGGAUCGCCCAUUGUCUUGCAGAUGUGGGCUGGAAUCUUGAGAGGAUACAGAACGGGCAUUUUGGCAGGUCAGCAGUACCUGCAGCCCUUUGUUCAGGCACAAAGUCCAAGGACCAAUGCUCAGGCAAAACAACUGUCGAGUACCGGGAGCGAGGGAGAGAAGGGCGUACAGGAGCGAAUCUCCUGGGCAAGUUUCCGUGGGUGGACAAGCAGAAGUUCAGCCAACAACAGCCCCUCGCCUGUUGCAAAGGGACCGGACGCAUUCUCUCCUCCUUCGAACAGGGCGUUUGGUCAAACUGAGCCCACCCAACAACCCAUAACGAGGGCAAGGAGCGGAACCAACGGAAGCAUACAGAGUGAUACUGUUCGAUUCCAUCGUGAGGUGUUCAUGAAAAAUGUUGACAAAGACGCCAAGGUGUUCAUGGUAAAUUUUACGGAAUCGCAGGCAUUUGUGCAGUUUGUGCAGGACCGAGUCGAUCGGUCCCCUGGCGACCCUGAGAUCAUGUUCUUUGAUGAAGUGAUCAAGGCCAAGAUGAACAGAUCUCGUUUCCGGCUAGGCAAAGAGGAGACAAAGUUCCUAGAUGAUCCAAGCUAUGGCAUCCAGGGCACAAUCAAAGCACCACCACCUAUGGGAGAACACGAAACUUUUGUGAGCGAGGAUGGAAGCAAACGAUUCCCUGUCUUUUUGGACCCGGCCAAGUUUUAG